AUGUCGUUACCGCAUAAGAAGCAACUGAUCGUAUUGACGCUGGCUCGCCUUUCUGAGCCCUUAGUGCAGACAUCUUUGCAGUCUUAUAUGUUCUACCAACUCAAGUCUUUCGAUGAAUCUCUUCCGGACUCUACAAUUGCUACCCAAGCAGGAAUGAUGGCAAGUAGCUUUACUGGUGCACAAUUCUUGACGGCUAUGAUGUGGGGACGAAUAUCUGAUUCCGAGCGAGGAGGGAGAAAGAUGGUUUUGUUGAUCGGACUUUUUGGGACUUGCCUUUCCUGCCUCGGAUUUGGGUUCUCGAAAACUUUCUGGCAGGCGCUAUUUUUUCGAACACUUGGUGGAGCACUCAAUGGAAAUAUCGGGGUCAUGAGAACUAUGGUCAGCGAGAUUGUGCAAGAGAAGAAAUAUCAAUCGAGAGCGUUUUUGUUAUUUCCUAUGUGUUUCAAUAUCGGAGUUAUCAUUGGACCCAUAUUAGGCGGGCUACUUGCCGAUCCAGCUCACAGCUAUCCUAGCUUGUUCGGAAACGUUGCCUUCUUUAAGAGGUUUCCAUAUGCGCCACCGAACAUUCUGAGCGCUGUGUUCUUACUUUCAGCUACGCUUGGCAUAUUCUUCGGGCUAUCUGAGACACUCGAAUCACUUCGACACAAGGAAGAUUUUGGCACGAAGUGUGGUCGAAAGAUAGCUGAGAUCUUUCGAGGAGGCAAUUCCCAAGAUCCUACUCAUGCAUACACGGCCCUGUCGGGCGACGAAUCAUUCCCAGAGCCAGAUGUGGAAAUGACCCUAGUUACACCAACAACUCCACGCAAGAAGGCGGUCCCGAGGUGGAAGCAAAAGUUGCCUUUCCGCAGAAUGUUCACUUACAAUGUUGUCUGCACACUAAUCGCCCACUCUCUAAUGGCGACUCACCUCGGCACUUUCAACAGUCUCUGGUUCGUCUUCCUCUCCACACCCGUCGCAGCCAAAGACUUCCAUCGUCGUCUCCCAUUCCACUUCACCGGCGGCCUAGGCAUGCCACCUCGCGACGUAGGUUUCGCCAUGGCUGUGCUGGGUUUCCUCGGAAUCUCCAUGCAACUAUUCAUCUACCCUUACAUCAAUGCCAAGCUCGGCACCGUCAAAAGCUGGCGCAUCUUCCUUUACUUCUUCCCCAUCGCUUACAUCCUCGUCCCGUUCCUGGCCAUCGUACCAUCCAAGACGCCACCCCCCGCAGAAAAAGACGGGAUACUGGUCUGGACCGCGUUGUGCCUUGUUCUGUUCCUCCAAGUCACGGGGAGAACGUUCGCUUUACCUGCUACUACGAUACUGGUCAAUAAUGCGUCGCCACAUCCGAGUAUCUUGGGCACCAUGCACGGUGUAGCGCAGAGCUUGUCGAGUGCGGGUAGGACGGUUGGUCCUGCGCUUGGUGGGACUAUGUAUGGACUUGGCUUAAGACGUGGGGUUGUGGGAGGUAUCUUCUGGGGCUUGAGUGCGUUGGCUCUUAUUAAUUGUUUGGCUAGUAAUUGGGUUAAAGAGGGAAAUGGGCAUGAACUCAUCUUGGAGGGCGAUGAAGAAGCGGAAGCGGAAUUUCAGGCGGAGUUUAGGAGGAGUGAGGGGUGA